CUUCUCUUUAUAAAACCAUGUAAGCUCGCUUAUUAUUUGCAUUUAUAAUUCAGUUUCGCUUUUAGGUUUGUAGAUCAAGUUCAAGAUGGCGUUGCUUGUGAGAACUCUGUCCCGUUCACCAUGCUUGCUAAGACAAACUUCACUGCUGUUGAAACACAGCUCAAAGAAGACAACCAGUGCAUAUGAAGAAAUGGCUCAGUACUGGGCUAAAAAUAGACAACUUGGCCGCCCACUGUCCCCAUUUCUUUCUUCGUACAAGCCCCAUCUCGCCAUGAUGACAUCACUUACCCACAGAGUCACUGGGGUAGCAAUGCAAGUUGUUAUCUGCGGAACAUCAAUACUUCUGCUGUGUUUACCUGGAGAUUUCAAGACUAACCUGAACUACAUUAAGAAUCUCAGCAUUGCUCCAUUCAUAAUUUAUGGGUUGAAAUAUGUCUUUGCCUUCCCUGUCACAUAUCACUUCCUCAAUGGAUUACGCCACUUGGCCUGGGACUUUGGCUAUGGAUACGCUUUAAAGACACUUUACAAAUCUGCCUACUUUGUGAUGGCUUUGACAGCUGUGGUUUCUACCUAUUUUGUAUUUGGCAUCAAGCCAUCUGAGCUAUAAAACUGCAAGACGAAGCUGUACUUUGUUUUUAUCACCUAGUUUAUUUAAGUUACAACUCAUGAUAAAAGAGAUUAUAGUGUCAAAUGUUUCAGUUUGUUUUUCUGCAGUAAAAGUAUGAACUUGUAAAAACUUUGAAAGCUGUUUACUUAUGCUAGAAUUUUUGAAAACUGAAUCUCAAAAGAGAAGAAAAACAUUUUUUUUUGUUUGUUUAAUAACUCUGGCGCUAUUUUUAAAAUGUUUGUUAAAUAAAAAAUAAACAAAAAACCAUGUACGCUAGACAUUUAAAUUCUGCUCAUAUUGCUGCAAUCUGUGUUAGGGGAAAAAUCGACGAGUGUUGUACAUGUUAAGUUUGGGUGACUGUUUUGACUUUUUUUUUUUUAGCGUAUUAUUACUGGUUUUUCCAGAUAGAACUAAAUUGUGAUUUGUACUGGGUGAAUGAAUCUAACACUGUGUUUGGGAAAUUGUUUUUUCACUUAGUUAUAUAUUGUGUUGGUCAUCUCUUUCUUCCAGACGUUCUGAUGGAAAUAAAGGGAGGCUUUGAAAUUAA